ACCGCGAGCCUCGUGAGUGUCAAAUUUUGGUUCAGCGGGAUUCACGAGUGAAAUCAAAGUGUGACAAAUGCAAUCCGACGUCGACUGAAGAAAAAAAAAAGUGAAAAUCGUGUCGUAAAAAAACCAAUUGAAUUUUCCCGCCAUUUCGGUGAGGGGGGAAGGGCGACUGUCUCCUCAUUGGACGGAGUAACUUUCACACCAUUAGUUGGCGCUUAUCGCUUAACAGGUGUAAUCGCACCGUCACCGGUAAUUGGACUGUUUAGUUUCUGGUAUUUUCGUUAAAUUCCGUGGGAAAGGAAAAUUGUGAUCGCGUUUUCCGGUGUGACAUUGCGGCAUCCCUUCGGGAGAGUCGGAUUUUGUGAUUUUGACGAUGAUUUCGUGAAGUGCGUGGGUGAGCAUCGAUGAUGAGUGACAGAUGGACAGUGGAGUUGCGAGUUAUGUAGUUCGGUUGAUUGAAUUUAGGACUGAUUGUAAUUUAAGGGGCUGAUAGGGAAGAAGUUGAUACGUUGUAUCUGAAUUUUGGGUGGGCUAGGGGGUUGGUCGAGGGAAUUUAUCGUCACGUGUGAGUGGUAAACACAAGCACGAUGGAGACCAACGAGAAUUGGCCGGGUCGGAAGGCAAUCGAGGCGACAGUGCCCAAGAAAUUUCGGAAGGAGAGCAAUCGAAUGGAUGUUAGUGGACUCAAUUGGGCGAUGCUGUUUCUGUGUGUGGGGAGUCUUGGGAUUUCGGGAAUACUUGCUUAUCGUGAAUUGCAACUGGAGGCGAGGAUAGAGAGUCUCGAGGCGCGCUGCGAUCAUCAGGAGACCUCGGAGGUUAUCAUUAAGAGGCUUCGUCGGGAAGUGCAGGAGGCUUUUCUGGGACAGAAGAUACCGUAUCCGGAGUCACCCAUGUUCAGGAUUAAGAGGGAUGUUGGAGAUUGCAACUGUCCAGCUGGACCACCCGGUGAGCCAGGACCUCCUGGGAAAAGAGGGAAAAAGGGAAAGAAGGGUGACACUGGGGAGCCCGGAGCACAGGGUGUAGCGGGGACCGCGGGCAAGAACGGUUUUCCGGGGCCGAUUGGUUUGGAUGGACCCAAGGGAGAUCCGGGUCGACCCGGUGACAAAGGACAGAAAGGCGAGCUUGGAAGUCCAGGCUUUGACGUCUUCUCGGCUGUAAAGGGCCUCCAGGAACGUGGCCAUAAUAUAUCAGCGCAGACCAUCAUCCAGCUGAAAGGAGAGCCAGGUGAGCCAGGACCCCCUGGACCUCCCGGACCACAAGGUGCUGAGGGAAUAGCUGGACAGGACGGCAGACAAGGAAUACCUGGGGAAGUUGGACCUGCGGGAGAGAAGGGCGUUGCUGGACCUGAGGGACCACCUGGACCCGUCGGCCCACCAGGACCAGCAGGACCCAAAGGAGCAACGGGGCGAGUCGGUAUCAGAGGCUUUCCAGGACGACGUGGUGACAAGGGCGACAAGGGUGAGAGAGGCUUCACGACAUCACUGGACGGAAAACAGAUUCCUCUUGGGACGUUCGAGGGUCCACCCGGUCCCCCAGGACCUCCUGGACCUCAGGGAGAAAAGGGAGAGCUAGGUCCCACUGGUCCACCCGGACCGCAGGGCGAGAAGGGCGCACGGGGUAAACACGGCAAGAGGGGUCUCAAUGGAGAGUGCCGUUGUACGAGAGCCGCGAUUGGUCAGCCCGGUCCGAAGGGUGAGCCCGGGGAGAGAGGCGCCACGGGCUCUGAGGGUCCACCAGGACCUAAAGGAGAUUCUGGGCCACAAGGACUACCGGGGGUUGAUGGUGUCAAUGGGGAGCAUGGCAUACAGGGCCCACCAGGACAGCCGGGACUGUCAGGACCUAAAGGGGAGAAGGGAGAGUACGGUGACAUUGGACCUCCAGGGCUGAUGGGCCCUCCUGGGUUACCAGGUCCUCCGGGAGCACCGGGUCUCAGGGGAGAAAAAGGAGAGAAGGGAGAAUCGAAGUACAAAAAGUUAAGAAGAAGACAGGGUGAUGGCACGUUUGAAGUCAAUGCCGGUGAAGUGAUAAUGGGACCUCCAGGUCCUCCAGGACCACCUGGCUCAGCCGGCUUACAAGGGCCACCGGGUAUUAAGGGGGAUAGAGGACAUGAUGGUGCCAAAGGCGAACCUGGUGAGAAAGGCAGUAAGGGAGAUCCGGGUCCAAUGGGACUGCCCGGGCCAAUGGGUCUCAGAGGAGAGUCUGGUCGGCCGGGUGACUCUGGUAAACCCGGUGCCUCGCAGGUUGGCCCGUGGUGAUCCGCUAACAACUAACACGGGGAUAGGUAUCUUCUACACCAACAACAACAGCCCACCACCUUGAAAUGGGAUAACCGACAAUAACCUAUCUAACAAGUGCACGAUAAUUAGUCAACCAAAAGAAUUCUUGCACUAAACAUAAACAGAGAACUGUACUUACAACUCCAACGGCUCUCGCCGAUAAAAACCAAGAGCCCUAGAUCGUAAUCGAAAUAAUUGGAAAUUCGAUCAUCAUCAUCAACCCCCCCUCACCACCAAAAAGAUGAAAUAUUUGCGGUCUUGUGACUAGCCACAAGGCCCUUACCCCCAACAACUGUAACAUCGACAACCCCUCUAAAAAAAAAUCAUAUUAUGUAAAAAAAUAAUAAGUGCCAUCCCACCGUGGACGCGUGCAUAUAAAUAUAUAUUUAUAUAUAUUUUGUCACUGGAUUAAGACGCAGUAUCGUGCAGUUAACGGUGCAUAAAAUUCAAACGUUUCCAAACGUCAUUGAGUACUGAUAAUUGAACAUACUGUAAUUCAUAUUUGCCAACAGACUUUCAUACCAAAAAAAAGAAAAACUUAAAAAAAAAUGAUACUUAAGAGGUCCUCAUAUGAAAUGUGGGCUCUGCGGUGCUGGUACGAGGUGAAACGCUGCCGAUAAACUUUAACGAAACAACAAGAUGAAAAAUAUUUAACAACAAAAGCUCACUUUCUAACUUUAUUCCUAUAUGUCUGUGUAUCUAUCUCUUCUCGUUCUACUUGUAUUCUAUUGAAUGAAAAAUACAUUAUUUCGAUGAAAUCGUGUAUUCGACGUGUGCGUCGUUAGACGACACACCAGAGACGAUGAAUAAAGCGAAGUGAUGUGAUCUGAUGGUCAAUGACACCAAUGUAUGUCAAAAAAAAUAUGUAUAAUGUAUACCUCCAUUUUCAAUUCUUUUGACUCGAUGAGAAAAUACAAACUAUAUGUCCUUUCUGAGAUUUAAGAGCGAAUGUAUUAUAUUAUAUUAUAAAGAAAAGGUGGGAAGAAUGAAAAAGAGGAAAAGUUUACGUAAUUUCCGCACGGAGAGAAAAGGGGGAUAAAAAUUACCGAGAAAAUCGCGGCGAGUUUUACUGUAGAAAAGGUAAUCCUGGAGCGAACUGUAAUUCAAUGAAAAAAUACCUGUUUGUAGAGGAUAUUUUACGAUUCAUUCGGUAAAAAAAAACAUUUAUGGACGAGAAAAUUAUUCUCUUGUAUAGUAGACUCCCGUUGUAGUAGCAUUUUCCCUCAUAUUUAUUUUUCCUCGCUCAGCCGUUUUCCCACUUUACUACCCACGGGCUCCGGAGUAAACACUUCAACGUUAUCUUCGAGAUGGCAUUGUCUCUCAAUUCCAGAAGAGCCAACAAAUAAAAUACUCUGAAUACGAAUUUUUGAUCAUAAAAUGCCAAAACCGGCCCAAAUAGCGGUAUGAAUUAAAAAACUUGCAUUGAAGAAAUUACAAAUUAUUUUUUUCAACUUCGUCAACGUGUUGUUUAUGGGAAUACUUUUAGCGACGGAAUAAAAUAAUUCAGCUGGUCCUUUACAUUUUAUGGACGUUUAGAAUGACUAUUUCUCUGAUAACGAGCUCCUUAAGAGUUCGAAACCUUGCAAACUGCGAAAUGAUUUGUAAUUUCUUCAAUGGAAGUUUUUGAAUUCAUAUUGCUUUUUUGACCGUUCUUGGCUGGAAGUAGUUAAGAAAAAGAUUCUAGUUUUGUUCGGACAAGGUGAAUUAGAUAAUGAAUCAGAAUAAAGAAAAUAACAGCAAGAUUGCUGUUAAAAAAAGACAAGGUGAAUCUUACAACUAAAGCCAGAAGGUCAAAAAAUGAAGCUCACACACUUUGUCAUAUGGGGAUAUUUCUUUUAAAUUCACUGCUCGUUUCCACGCCUUGCACAGAUCGAUAAUAAUUGAUCACAAACACCUCACGUUUGCCAGGUUUAAGAAAAUAGUGAAAGGUUAGCUUUUGCUUAUCAAAUCGACUUUCACAGCGUGGCACACAGCAAAGAACUCUGGAUAUGCACUUUUUCGAUGAUUUUUCCGCGGGAAAUUCCAUUUUUUACAAUAAAUUUACAAUUUAUCGCACUUGACAGCUAGGGCUUGGAUCCCAUGUUGUUAUCCCACGCGGAUUCUCUUUUGCCCCACCAGAAGUCAUGUCCGAAUCGAACGGAUCCCAAUAACGGGAGUCUACUGUACAGUGACAUUUGCCACACCGAUCGGGUAUUUUUUUUCUUGUACCCAUCUGAAGGUCAUGGGGACGAAUGGAAGUGAAAUUAUACCGAACGCGUUCGGUAAAUAAUCGUUCACUGCAAUAUUAAGCAAUCAUUUCGUUUUGCACUUUUUUUGAAAAUGGAGUUCCCUCCACGAUUACUUGACUUAGUCAGUAAUUUUUCUCCAACUCUUUUCUCCGUGUGAACGAAUGUGUCCCAUUCGUGGUGGUAAACCCAUUGGGCAAUAAUUAACCUAGAUACAUCGAGCAUUAGUUAUUGUCUGAUGAAUGAUGAGAGAGAAUCCAACGAUGAAUGUGACGAGUCAACAACCAGGGAGAAAUAAAAUGCCCAGCAUCUCCGCAUUGUAAAUAAAACAUAAGCAGCCUAGAGAGAAAAACCGUCUAGAUUGCAGGGCUAUUUAGAUAGAUAUGAAAUGAAAUUUUUUUUUUUCGAUUGAAUUGAAUAGUAUAAAUUGAAGGGAGUUGAGAGGGAUAUUCAAUGAAAUUUAUAGUACCUCCUGAGGACUGCUGACUCGAUGUUCGAGCGUUUGGAAAAUUGAGCGCAAUCAAGAAAUCCAUUCAUCGAGAUAGUCAGGUUUUUUUUUCUUCUAGAAUUAUGAAGUUGAUUGAAAAAACAAGAUGGGAAGUAUAAAUAAAAGAUACAUUGAUUGUAUAACUACGUAUGCGCGAUGGGAAAUGAAGGGGGAAAUAUGGCCUACGAAUCGCUUCUAUUGUCAUUCAGUACUCAACAAGUUGUAAUUGCUAGUUAUUCGAUAUAGGAGACUCCAGUGAGAUUGUAUGUAAAAUUGAUUGAAAGUGAAAUUCACAAACUUGCAUGAUUGAUUGAAUUUGUAUUAUGAGUAUGAGAAGAGUGUUUUUUUUGUCAAUUUUUUGUUUUUUUUUUAAUCAAAAAUUUAUGAGGGGUUAUUCAUUCGUACGAUUUUACCGAUAACAUCUCUUGGUCUUUCGCUCAUCACAUUUUACUCGGACGAUUUGAUUUAAAUUGAUUUGACCCACACAAUUUGACUCAUGGCAAUGAAUAUUGCGGGUCAAAUUGAUUUAACCCAUUUGGCCCACAAUAUUUAUUGCGGUGAGUCAAAUAUUGUGGGUCAAAUUAAUAGGUUAAAUCAAUUUGACCCGCAGUAUCCACUGCGAUGAGUCGAAUUGAUUUAACCCAUUCCAGAUGAAUAUUGUGGGUCAAAUUAUAGGGGUCAAAUCAAUUUGGCCCAUCACAAUGAAUAGUGGGUGUCAAAGUGUUCUGACCCAUCGCAGUCAAUAUUGUGAGUCAAGUUGUUUUGAUCCAUCGCAAUCGAUAAAGGGAUCUGACCUAUACGACUGGACACAUCGCAGGAAAAUAUUGUGGGUCAACUUGAUUUAACCCCUACAAUUUUGCUCAUCAUAAUUGAUAUUGUGGGUGAAAUUAAUUUCACCACUAUGAUUUGAUUCAUCGUAACUGAUAUUAUCUGCGUGUGACAUUGAUUUGAUCAAUACCAUUCGACUCAUCCCGAUAAACAUGGUUCAAUUUUAUUGAUCCAUAGGAUUAACUUCACUGCAAUCAAUAUUGUGGAUCAAAUUGGGUUGACCCGCACGAUCUGCCCUGACCAUAAACCCGUAAUAAUUUGGGUGAUUCCAUUGAUCUCAAUCAAUUUCGUUAAUUUGGAUGAAAUCCCGUGGGUCAAAUCAUACAGAUUAAAUCGUAUAGGUCAAAUACUGGGCGUCAAAUUGUGUCUGUGAAACCAAUAAAAAUGACUAGCCCCUCGUAAAUACUGGCCUCAGACAUACCGACAAUUGAUGCCUCAACGAGACCUAUAAUUUACCUUCAAUUCUCCCCCCAAUUGUUCAUAAUUUUUUAUUGUAAUUAUAAUUAUCAAAGAAUGAACAAAAAAAAUAAGACUUACGCUGGCGUACUCGGUGAGGCUAAAAUUAUGAAUCAGCAAGUAUGCGCGCGACUCUGAUUGCAAUUAUGUUAGUUGUACUUUUAUAUAUAGAUAGACCUAGAUUAAAACCGUUUUAGUAUUAAGACUUUUUUGGCAAAAACAAAUUAUUUGAGAUAACAGACGAAGAGAGACAAGGACAUUAACACAUUAAACACGCACACGUACUUCAAUACAAAUGGGAGACACACACCGUGAGAUUUAUCGACGGGAGAGAAUACUCGAGAUUAAUGUAAUCAGAAUUACGUUUACGUCUCCUCCUUCAGAGUGUAAAAAAAUAAGAAUGCGAGGAAAAAUUGUUUGGUAACUAACGUUAAAUUCAAAAGAAUCUAAUGGAGGAGUCUCUGAUGUCUUUAUUGAACAUUAAUAUUAAGCGUAACAUGACAUUUGUUAAUCGACGAUGACAUUUCCAUUAAAAAUACGAGGAUGAUGAUAAUCCAUUGUCACGUUAUGAAAUUUACUAACAACCACGGAAAAUUGAUGAAUUUUGAUGAAUUGUUUCAUAAUGUCCUGAUUAAUAAACAGAAUGUGCAUGUGCCUGUU